AUGUUAGCAACUAAAUAUAUUGAAAAUUUUUCAGAUGAUUAAUUAACUUGUUUCAUCAUUUAUAAUGACACAAAAGCAGUUUCUAAUAUUCCAUUCAUUCAUAAAUUGAGAAAAAUUACAUAUGUCUCUAUUGAAAUUUUAUUAAUUAGUCAAGGUCUGCAUUUAAAUAAAUAAUGUAGAUGUAAUAAGAAAAUCUAUAGAAAAAGAUGAAUAAUAUGAGAUCAAGGAUAAAUUUAUGAAUUAAUAAAAAAAUAAUAAUGUUAAAAGAUAUUGA